GUUCUGACUUUUGUUGUAUUAUGAAUUACUUUUACUCUAAAGUUAGACAUGCUGUGUGAAACCAUUUUGAAUGUAGCUAUUAAAAACACAUGAUCUAAGAAAUAAAGUUUUCUCUUGGAUAUAAACAUCUACGCAAUGGCUGGCCUUAUAAAGAAACAGAUUCUCAAGCAUCUUUCAAAGUUUGCGAAGAACUUAUCAGCGGACAGUAUAAACAUCAGCACUCUACGUGGGGAAGGGGAAUUAAAUAACUUAGAACUUGAUUGUGUUGCUCUUCAGAAUCUAAUGAACCUUCCCACGUGGCUACAGUUCAAUCACGCCAAGUGUAAUAGAGUUCAUGUGAAGAUUCCAUUCACUAAGCUUAAAACAGCUCCUAUUACAAUUCUUCUUGAUUCUGUUGAACUUGAUAUGUCAACUUGUGAGAAACCACGAGCUCCCAACGGUGCUUCACCCAUCCAAGCGUCAGCUUCAAGUGGGGACAGUAGUUACGGCUUUGUUCAGAAGGUUCUGGAAGGAAUUGCUGUUCGUAUAAACUCCAUCAGCGUAAACUUUACCUCAGCAGUAUUUAAAGCAGAAUUCCAGAUAUCUCAGUUGCUUCUAUUCAGCACUGACCCUGAGGGCAAACAAACAGACUUGAGAUUUACACGAAUCUUAAACAAAGAAUGGGGUCAGGUGCUAACUUUUAAGAAAGUGACAUGGCAGACAAUGAGGAUUGUGACGGAUGCAGCGACAUCACAAUCGGGAGCAACUGCCACCCCAAUUCGACUUAUUACUAACCAAGCUCAAAUUGGAAUUACUUUAAGAAGAAAGAUAUCAGACUUAUCUGUGCUAGCUACAAAACUUCAUGUACAAUUUGAUGACCUACUGUGGGUGCUUACUGACGCUCAGGUUCAAUCUGCUUUGUUGUGUGUUAAGUCGAUCAGGGAAACUAUAGAAAGAUCCCAACAACAACAGAAACAAGAACAAAAACAACCAGAAGAAGUACAAGCAAACAGUUCAACUAGACCAACAACAACAGCAACAACAACUGCUGAUCCAGCCACUUCACAACAAUCCACAGAUGCAUAUUUCAACCGUUACAACAUACAAGAAUCUUCCGUUCAUCUUGAUUUAGACCGUAUUGAUUUGCAUAUUUGUGAUGAUGGGACAACUAACAAUAACCAAGCCACUUAUAAGAAAGUAGUUGAAGGAGGGGCGAUUCUCAUGACUUUCUUUGGAUUAAAAAUUGAUCAUUAUCCUUCACAUAAAGGAGCUGAAAUUCGAACACAUUUUCGUGACUAUGGUGAAAUACCAACAGCAAGAGACAAGUGGGCUCAUGAUAUUAUUUCGAACUUCAGGAAAGAUUUUGUGACUUUAAAAAAAGCAGCAAUGGCAGCCAUGGCAGCUGGUAAUACAGAAGUCCAAGUUUCCAAAUCAAAAAGCAAACUACUUGAAAGCUGUCUUAUUAUUCGUCUCAAUGAUAUAGAAAUUUCCCAGGUAACUUCCUCCAGUGAUAAAGAAAGAUGUAAUGAUAAAAUCCUCUCCUCCCAACGCAAGGAGCUCCUCCUCCCAGAUGACAUGCCUCUUGGUUACGUGAGCAUCACUGAUUACUUUUAUCCCGAUGGUAGAGACUACCCUGCCCCCCACAGCAACAUAUUCGUGCGAGUAAACGCACCUCGUGUUCGUGUCCACUGGCCCUCCUUCCUAUGGUGCAACCAACUAGCUCUAUCCACCGUGCGAUCCGUGCAGAAGAUGUUGGAGGACCUUGGCAUCCCCAUCUCUUCAUCCGAUCCCAAGGAGGAAGAUCACGUGGAUAUAAGAGUCGAAACUUUGAUGCCAAGGAUUUUUAUUCCUUCAUUCAAAACAACAGAGGAUACAAAUUCACCCAUUGGUCUUGAAAUUCAAGUCUCACAAUCAACAAUAACAAACUGUAGAUACGGAGAAAAUUGUUCAAGAUCAAGUUUAUCAAAAGUUCUCCAGUCAAUUAAAGAUUCAUAUAUAUUUAACAACUCCGGUUCCUUCCCAUGCGAACCAGGUUAUGACUUGGACCAUACACACCAUGCAUUACACAGCCAUGCUAACCAUCAAGAUACACCUCUUAAUACAGCUCUACACUCAAAUACACCUCAGCUUAAAAGUUCAUCAUUAAAACAGAAAGCUUACACCGAUGUCUGGAAUAUUUGGUUACGUCAAGUAUGGGUUGACUUUGUGAUUCAAACCGACCAAUCAAAUCCCACAAAACGGCGUUCCACGCUCCCAUUUGUCGACUCUCUACCAAUCACAAUGUGGAUUUCAAAAUCGGAAAAAAAAUUUUCCGACACAAGUUCGAUGCUGUCGUCAAACUCUGAGUCCGAGUUACGACAAUCGCAGUCUACACCCAUGUUCGAACAACCCCACACUAAUUCAAGUGGUUUUGAUCGGCCAGCAUCUUACCCCACCUCACCCUUACGCGGUACAGACAUAAAAACUGAAGAUUUAAAUGACAAAAGUCGUCCAGCGAGGAAUAAAAAACUGUUGGAUUUUUACAGAAGUUCUUUGGCAGAAACACCAGCCAAAGUAAAGAAAGAAGUCAUCAAGCCAUUGAAAGGAACAGCUGGAACUUAUAUUCUUAUACAUAGUGAAAAGCCCGUGCGUUUAAUGCUCGAUCAUUUCCAAUUCCUUUUCCUUCUUCGUUUGUUUGAAUCGUUUGAAGGAAUUGAGAAGAAAGUUUCAAGCGACACGGCAUCCAUAUUAUCUGAUACUUCAUCCUCAUGUAAUACAUUAGAUGGCAUCAGUUCAAAUUCACAAGAAGACGAUAAUACUUCGGACACCACUGCUGUGAGACUAGUUUUCCCAUCGGCCGACAUUAACUUGGUUCUACGAGCAAAAACAGAGGAAGAAGAUGAUGAAGAUAAAACAUCAAACCUUGAUGAUGAUGAGCAAUCUACAAGUGAUACUCAAGACCUGGUUUCCCCCAUCUCACCCCCACCCCUGAUACCGAACCCGUCAAGUUCAGGUUCACCCACCCCAGCCCCAUCUGAAUGUAGUUCCGAUACCAUAAGUAUACUUGGUAGUGAUGAAGCAUUUGGACCAAGUAUACGUACAUCGACAACAUGUCCGGUGGAUGUUUCUAACACACCACUUGGUGGGAGUAGUGAGCAACCAGUAGUUCCUUUACCACAAGGUCGCAGGCGAGCCAACACCGAUUUAUCUGUAGCCGUUCGGUUAAAAUCAGAAAGUCGAUUAAAAUCUCGUUUGAAUGUGGUUUCCUCCCCCAGCAGUAUAUCAUCUACUGCUUCAUGCGAUAAUCUAUCUAACAGAUCCACAAUUGUCAGUUCAAGCGGUUACGAAACUGGUUCAGUUGAUUCGGUCAACCAACCGGUUUUAACUGGUUUUGACGAUGAUAUUAAGUCGCUUGAUUCAAGUUGUGACGGAGACGCUCAGUUUGUUAUUAUUGAGGUUGAUGGUCAGCCGAGGGCUGUUAUGGAUGAACGCACACCGUUGUUGGACAUAGAGAACACAGGAAUUGUUAAGAUACCUCCACCACCACCAGUAAUGGUUCAAUCCCAAGAUACAAUACUUGAUACUGAGAGCGAUGUUUCUCAAGAUACAGUGCCUUGUGUUAAUGAUAAGUCAACCAUGGACCUUGAUAUGGUCUCUGUGUUCAAAAUAUCGGCCACAGAUGGGGUUGAGUUAUGUGUUGACGCUGGUGGUGAAAACACUGUGUUACGCAUCGCUGCACAUACUCUCGGACUUCACGAGCUCGGAAACAUGACUCGGGAUAAUUCGGCCGUACAAUUCUCAUCACCAGACACCACCACAAAGAAGAACAUCUCUCCUCCCAUCCUCCCUUCACUAAGGAUGAGGUUGGAUGGAGGUCCUGCAGCAUCCAGGUUUUCCCCUGCAUCCGCAUCUAAUGGGAUUAUAAGGAUCAACGCUCAGGAUGUGGAAGAGACAGUCUGCUCAUCUACUUUAGAAAAUAUUGGUGCUUUCCUCGAAGAUGAAGUAGCACCUGAUAUUCUACCAAUGAAAGUUGAAGCAACAAAUAUCCAUCUUACUAUAAAGAAUGACAUACCCCCGAUUUACCCCACAAGCGCAGCAGUGCCUCCAGUGGAACUCCACGUACACAGUGCAAAUAUAACAAGGGAUGAUGAAGGGGUGUUUCAUAUUUCAACUGAAUCUUCUGCAGCUUCAUCUUCAACUUUAUUAUCCAGUUUGUCAGGCAUGGCCAAACAAAACCAUAAAGAAACAACUUCCACCCAAACUACAUCUCAAGAAACUAAAACACCAGUAACCACUCCGACUGAAACAAGCAAUACAAACCAUACGCACACAACCACUUUAUGUAAUGGUGUCCUUCCAAAUACCCUACACACCACAUCCCCACUAACACUGAAGCAAAUAAGCAAAGAUAAAGUAGAUUCAAUUAAUGACAAUCAAGUAUUGGUGAAUGGCGAUAUCAGUAAUGAUUAUGAAAGUUUAAAAGAGAGGAUUAACGAACUUACAAGAGAAAGAGAUUCACUUGCUGCAGCUCUAAGCCAUAUACAAGAAGAGUUGAUGUUAUCUGAACGUGACCGCGCCACUUUAAAAACACAAGUCUCACAAAGCUCGUAACAAAAACGAACCAACAUAAUCCCACCGUUAGCAAAUGAUGCAUGGUGUACAAAGUACAUGACUUAAUAUAAGCAAUAUAUAAAAAGUCCAGAAGUAAGCGGUAACAAUUUCAAAUAAUUCAUAACUUUUUGUUAUUUAUUUUAGCAAGUGGUCCUUAAUUUAUCGAAUGAGUGCAAUAUAUCAUCUUUUGAUGAAGCAAAUUGUGUUUGUUGCAAAUGUUCCCUUUUAUGCAUGUUAUGGUGCCAUUGGGGAUUUAUGCUUGAAAUGCCAAUUUCGCUAGAAUACUUUUUAUUUAUCUCGCUAAAAUCCUAACAUUUUUUUGAAUUUUUAUUAUAGAAAUCUUAAAUGAUAUAGUAAAUGGAUGAAAAUAGUUGUUUUGUAAUUUUGGCAAAAUUUUUGAUUUUUAGUGAAUAUCCAACUGUAUUUUACUUUUGCACCCCUCAUUAAAGCAUGGUGCUUACACCUUUAUUGUAACACAUAUUUUAUGAGAUUUAAAUUAAUCACCAUGACAUCAUAAAUGGUAUUAUGAAGUAUAUUUCACAUCCACUGUGACACACAUGGUAGUUUGAAGUGUUUUGCUGAAAUUUCAUCAUGCUUGAUUACACCACGGUUGGUACUUAAAUACAACAAGCUUCAUUA